UUACAAAGCGCUGUGUUGGUGGUUUUGUUUCACGCUCCGCGAGCAAGUGGGAAACCAAAUUUUCAUUUUGAGCUAACUAUUGAAAUAAUCAACCACCAUGGGCGACCGGUACAACAUUCACAGCCAGCUGGAACAUCUGCAGAGUAAGUACAUCGGCACGGGACACGCCGACACGAACAAAUACGAGUGGCUGACAAAUCAGCACCGGGACUCGCUCGCCAGCUACCUGGGACACUACGACAUGCUGAGCUACUUUGCCGUGGCGGAAAACGAAUCCAAAGCCCGGAUCCGGUUCAACAUCAUGGAAAAAAUGCUUCAACCUUGCGGACCCCCACCGGAAAAACCAGAGGAUUAAUCUUAUAAGGAGUCAGGAUUAAAAUUGUAAGAAUUUUCUCUGAAUAAAAUGGUAACAAUCGUUUCCGAAAACCUC